GUCCUGCCGGCCUCGCUUGGAACUCUGAGCUGGGGAAGCUACAGUCAUGCCAUGGAUCUGCCCGAUGUUUCCAUGCUGACGGGGCUUCGGACGCUUUGCCUGGACAGGGUUGCUGUGGCGUGUGGGAAAGCUGUGAGCCGCAGCCUGUCUCAUCUGGAGCAUUUAAGGCUCUCAUUGGCAGACGAUGCCGAGGAGCUUCCCUUCGCUCUGACGUUUCUGUCUCGGCUGCGCACUCUGAUUGUUCACGGCGCGGGAAACGUCCAAACGCUGCCGCCCGACACGGGGACGGCGUUGCCGCAGCUGCGGAAGCUGAAGCUGAAAUGCGCGGACGAAUUGAGGGAGCUGCCAGCGAGUGUCACAGCUCUUGAGAACCUCACGAGCUUGGAGGUUCACUAUGCUCCCCAACUGGCCUCUCUCCCAGAUGGCAUCGGUGCCUUGUCCAAGCUUCAGCAGCUGCGACUCAUUCUCUGCGAGCAGCUUGAGCAGCUGCCUGCCUCUCUCACCCGCCUUACCUGCCUGAACCAGCUGGCGAUUCCGCACUGCUCCAUCCGCUCGCUGUGCCCCGACUUUGCGCGGCUUACGGGACUCAAAUCCCUGUGCUUGACAGGCUGUGCGAAGCUGCAGGCGCUACCAGGAGAGUUGAGUGAGCUGAAGGCUCUGCAGAGGCUGGAUUUGCACGAGUGUGAGCAUGUGAUUGACAGUGACGGGUCUGUGCUCCCCAGGAGCAUCAACCAGGUGUAUGGACUGAAAAUAUACAAAUAG